AUGGACAACUACUUUGAUUUUGACCAAGCAACUAUCCCGCCCUUUGACCUGGGCGAGGAUCUGUCCUCAAUGCUUGGAGACACCACUCAGACGGAGAGUAAUGAGUGCUUCGAUGCUCUCUUCUUCGACAAAUCAGCAACUCUUCCUGCUCAGAAAACAGCUGAAUCAGGUACCGUCACUCUGAAACUGAUCAACGACCGGGAAGUUGAAGCCGUGAGAUGGGAGAACGAUUUUGAGACUGAUUAUCCAAUGUUCAAGGCCAAGACACCCUGCACAUUGUGCGCUCGUAUGGGCAUGGACUGCUAUCUGGCAUCCAGAGAUGGGUAUAUAUCCACCUUCCCUGGCAUUGCUGAGGACGAACAGGUCUGCCAUGGACCAAUGACACAGAGAAGGACUGCUAUGAACUCCUUCACUGCCGAUAACGUCCGAGGUCGCAAAUCUGGUGCUCGCUUCCAUCGCGAUGCAGUGAAGAUACUGAAGAAGUGGUUGUCAGAGCAUUCAGAUCAUCCAUAUCCAAAUGAAAGAGAACGAGACGAGCUAAAGCAACUUACUGGCCUCAAGCGCAGCCAGAUAAGCAAUUGGCUUGCCAACGCUCGUCGACGAGGGAAGGUAAGGCCACCAUCUGAUCCAGCCUCGCCCAUCAUUGGUGCAAUUGAUGUGCCUGCACAAACCCUUCUGAAUACAGGAUACGAGAACCUUGGACCCAUGGACAGAUGGAAGUGCUCGCCGCCAGAACACGAACCUGCUGCCAUGAGUGACAUUGCUAGAGCUGUUACGAGUCCCAACUUUCUGCCUGCUGAUGUACGACCAACGACAUCUCUACAAAACUCCUUACGCAACUCACGCGCAUCCUCUCGGAAAGCAUCGAGCGAAGACGAUUCCUCCGAUCUGUCAAUAAUGUUUCAACCUCCUUCUGAAUCGUCCUUGGAGACUAGAGACUCGACCAACUCCUCAAUCUCCUUCGCCUCAUCUCGAUCCCAUCGUUCAAAGCAGUCAUUCGCCUCGUCCCAAGAUCGUCGUCGACGCCGACGUGCUCCACUCCUACAUCACAGAACCAAUUCUCUAGCGAAUAGCCAAGCCUCCAAUGGCAAGAAGGAAAGAAAUACAAGCACUGCAGGAGGAAAGGAGCGUUUAUUUCAAUGCACCUUCUGUACAGAGGCCUUCUCCUCGAAGUACGACUGGCAAAGGCAUGAGAAGUCCUUACACCUUGCUCUGGAAAGAUGGACCUGCUGUCCUAUGGGCCCUACACGUAUUGAUCCCACGACUGGACUUCAUCAAUGUGUCUUCUGCCCUGAGUUGUCGCCAACUCCAUCGCAUCUCGAACAGCACAACUUCCAGACAUGUAAUGAAAAGACAGUAGCCGAGCGGACGUUCUAUCGAAAAGACCAUCUCAGGCAACACCUGCGGCUGAUGCACAAUGUCAGGUACGAUCCACAUAUGGACACAUGGAAGAGCACAACUUUCGAAAUCAAGAGUCGUUGUGGCUUCUGUCCGUCGCUGUUUACUAGCUGGCAAUCACGAGCCGAUCACCUAGCAGCACAUUUCAAGAAUGGUGCAGACAUGAAGGAUUGGGGCGGUGGUCACGGUUUCGAAGGAUAUGUUGAGCGACUCGUCGAGAACGCAAUUCCACCGUACCUCAUUGGUUACGAGAGGAGUACAAUGAACCCAUAUCGUGCACGAGAAGUCCGAAAGUCCACAUUGUCGAACAGAGAAGUCCAGCUCAGCCCGACAAACACAGGAACGACGCCAAACACAAGUACAGCGACAUCAAGCACAAACGACAUGUCUGAGGACAACGGGAACGAUCACGACUGGUCUCAUUGCGAGAAGAUUGAGGUUGAUCAAAUUACGAAAGACAGUAAUUGCUGGCACAGACUCGAGGAGGAACUCAUUAGAUACGUGACUGAGCAGGGCAGCAUUGGGAUUGUACCGACGGAUAAGAUGAUGCAAGAUCAUGCACGCGUGAUUAUCUAUGGAGAUGCCGAUCCAUGGGAUUGGACAAUGGCCGACAAUCAGAUUUGGCUUGAUGCAUUCAAGGCUGAGCAUGAUCUAAUGAAUAAUAGCGGAACGCGCGACUGCGAGUACAGCAACGUUCGUGAUGUGCCCGUUACAGCACCCUAUGUUAUUAAGGGUGGCUUAAAGGUCAAAAAUACACGAGUACCAUCACAUAGCGGCCCGUGUCCUACUGAUGGCGGCGUCGGUCACAGGAACUCUACUUUGAGCCUGCCAGGUAUUCAAGAAAGAAGUUGCUCACUAGCACGGGCCUCGAGCACUUCGCAACCUGGUAGUUCCCACCACGGCAGUACACCAAUCACGCCUCAUGAAGAUCUCUACAACUUCAAUGGACCCCAUGGUAUCCCCGCUCCAGUAGAUGCAUCUGCCAUGGAGCUUGACUUCGAUGCUGUGGACUUUAGCCAGCUGGACCUAGGCGCUUUCGGAGAGAUGGACUUUGACGACGGCCUCUCUUCCUCAGUCCCUGUUGCGCAUACUGGGUCAGGAAUGCACACAAAUGCUCCAUACAUUCCAGCCAGUACACAGCCCAGUGGACCGAUUAGCUUUGACCUAGGUUUCACCAUGACACACAACACGACGCAGAGCCAGAAGCCAAUGCCUGCUUCGGUCAAUCCAUUCGAUAGCUUGGACAACGCUCCGGAAAUGAGUUUGGAGGACUUCGAUCAGUUGACUGGUUAUGUGGGCGGUUUCAGGUAG